GCAAUGCACAGGCGACCCCAAGGGGACCCUGCGUGCGGGCGAACGCCGCGCGUGCCUGGAAAAGCGCACCGGCGGAACCACGCCCAUGCCGCGCGGGCCGGGGGCGAUGAGCAGGAGGAGGAGGAGGAGGAGGAGGAGGAGCUCCCCCCCUCUUGCGCACCGCCCCGGACUCCCCGCGCGGCGGCCGCCGCGGCCGCCGCGCCGUCAGAGCUCCCCGUGGGCCUUCCUGCGCCGCCCCUGCUUCUUCUGCUUCUGCAGCAGGCGCUGCACGCGGUCGUUCGCCUGCCGGAGAAGAACUCCGAGUCCGAGAAGGAGGAGACGCCCUUCAGGCUCUCGAAGACCUUGGUGCCUUCCUUGAGCGAGAACAGCCGCUCGAGCUCGGGGCGCAGCUUCUUCGGGAACGUGGCCGGCUCCCGCCGCAUACCCUGGGCGGGGCCCGGCGAUCCUCGAGGCGCCGCCUGUCGGCGACGUUCACAUGCCUGAGGCCCUCCGCCAUCCGGACGCGGACGACGUUCCACUGCACCAGGGCCUCCCAGACCUCCUG